AUGGCGAACACAGCACAUUUGAUGAGGCGACAGAGUUCGCGGGACUUAUAUGCCCAGCGCUCAAUAGAUCGCAUGGAAAUGAAGGAGCUACGGGGAAGGUUGGUGACUAUGGAGAACGGACAUCCAUCACACCGUACCCACGUCAUGUAUGGUGCAACAAACGAAGCAUUCGAAGACACCAGUCCUAACAGACGAUCAUCAGAAACCCCAACCAGUAAAGCGAGUUCUGUCGAAGACCGUGGGGCCCUAAAGCCUGAAGAAGGAGGAGUGCAGCGAGAGUCCUGGGACAGCAAACUGACCUUCCUCUUAGCAACUGUUGGGUACGCUGUAGGGUUAGGUAACGUGUGGAGAUUUCCUUACUUAGCGCAAAAAAAUGGAGGAGGCGCUUUCUUGAUUCCGUAUUUCGUGAUGUUGGCAAUCGAAGGGAUUCCGAUAUUUUAUUUGGAGUUGGCAAUUGGUCAGCGUUUGAGGAAAGGGGCUAUUGGUGUGUGGCAUCAGGUGUCUCCGUACCUUGGUGGUAUAGGAAUCAGUUCUGCAGUUGUUUCUUUCAACGUGGCGUUGUACUACAACUCUAUUAUCGCGUGGUGUCUUUUCUACUUCGCCCAAAGUUUCCAAGCUGAGCUGCCUUGGGCCGAAUGCCCGAAGAAGUACUUCGUCAACGGAUCUUACACCAUAGAACCUGAAUGUGCCGUAAGUAAAUAUAAAUACAUAUUUAUUUAG